UAACGCAGUCAAAACACGGAAGUAAACAUCUGGGAUACACAUGUUUUGCACUAAAUGAAACUACCUGGCAAACGUACUGAUUUCCUAAUGUACCGUUGUAUUGAUUGUUGAGAGUUGAUCAAGCUUUCGCCGUUGUCGACAGAUGUUUGGCGUUUUAUCACAAAAUAGGUUAUUUAUCGUGAAUAUAUUUUUGGUGGACUUGGGAGUCAAUAGUGCAAUGACCUAGGCGAUAUUUCUGCACCGAGUUAUUAGAGAGUAUGAAGUCGUUUAAAUCUCCAGGCCGUCAUGGAUAUGCGGUGGAGAUUUCACCUUUUUUGGCUUCUACGAUCGCCUGUGCGACAUCGCAGUAUUAUGGAAUAGCAGGAUGUGGGACACUUUUUGUGCUGGAGCAGAGAGAGGCAGAAGUUUCACUUGUGAGGAGUUUUGACUGGAAUGAUGGGCUCUUCGAUGUGACGUGGAGCGAGACCAAUGAACAUGUGCUGGUGACAGGAGGAGGUGAUGGAUCUUUGCAGAUCUGGGACACUGCCAACCCGCAAGGUCUUCUGCAGGUGCUGAAAGGGCACACACAAGAGGUGUAUUCAGUAGACUGGAGUCAGACACGGGGGGAAAACCAGGUGGUAUCGGGAUCAUGGGACCACACAGUCAAAGUGUGGGAUCCGGAGCGAUGUCAGUUAGUGAGCUCCCUGCAGGGUCAUGAGGGUGUUAUCUACAGCACCAUCUGGUCUCCUCAUAUCCCAGCAUGCUUUGCUUCAGCCUCAGGGGAUGGGACACUGCGAGUGUGGGAUGUGAAGGCGGGAUCAUGCAGGCUGGCCGUCCCAGCACACAAGGCUGAAAUCCUCAGCUGUGAUUGGUGCAAAUACGACCAGAAUGUUCUGGUCACUGGAGCCGUGGACUGCAGUCUCAGAGUAUGGGACCUACGUAACGUCCGACAUCCUGUAGCUCAAAUGAUGGGCCAUUCCUACGCCAUCCGCAGAGUAAAGUUCUGCCCAUUUUAUAAGACAGUCCUAGCAUCCUGCUCCUAUGAUUUCACAGUCAGAUUCUGGGACUACUCCAAGAACCAGCCGCUGCUGGAGACAUUGGAGCACCACUCAGAGUUUGUGUGUGGCCUGGAUUUCAACCUGCACAUCCCUAACCAGGUUGUGGACUGCUCUUGGGAUGAGACUGUAAAAGUCUUCACCCCUUCAUGCCUGGCCGCCCUAUAGGAGGUUGGUGCACCAUGGAAUGAGGUUGCCGCAAAGCACAGGGGAGCCGCGGCUCUGUUUCAAUCACAGUUGCAGUUUGCCAAGAUUUCACUGCGGGUUUCCUAAUGACGCUAUUAAAGGAGAACCCAUGGGACGCAUCAGGAGCAUUGCGUCAGGAGCACUGUACAGAUGAGGGGGAAUCUCAUGCUGUCACUGAGUGUAAAAACUGAGUGUGAUGUUAUUAUAGGCUUUCUAAAGUGUAUAAUGAAACUAAAAGUUUACCUUAAACGGAUAGUUCACCCAAAAAUGAAAAUGUAGUAAGGACAAUGGUUCAACUGUAAUUUUAUGAAGCUCAGAGGAAACAAAAACAAAAAUAACUUUAUUCAGCAGUCCUUCUCCUCGAAAUCAUGUCUUCCGCCAUUAUCAAGAGUACCUCUGCAUAAACAUAGACAACGCAUGCGCGUGAUGCUGCAGACGUAGAACACACAUGCGCUGAGCCUUGUUUACGUGCAGAGAAAUUAUUUGGAGGACAAGAAUUAUUAAAUAAAGUCGUUAAUUUGCACACAAAAAGUGUUAUCAUAGCUUCGUAAAAUUAGUUGAACCACUGAUGGACUAAUUUAUUGGUGUCCUUAAUACAUUAUGGUCUGGGAACAUUUCAGUUAUACAUUGUUGUCUAUGCAAGGUCAGAAAGCUCUUGGAUUUCAUCAAAAAUACCUUAAUUUGUGUUCCGAAGAUGAAUGAAGGGCUUAUAGGUUUGGAAUGACAUGAGGGUGGGUAAUUAAUGACAGAAUUUUCAUUUUUGGGUGAGCUGUUCCUUUAAGCAGCGAGUGCCUUGCUGUCUGAAGCUCAUUGGUAGAUUAUGUAGUAUGUGUAUGUUGUUGUUCCUUACUGGUUUGUUAAACUGAUAUUAAUAAAUCAAUGCAAUCUGUCAUUCUCAACUGAAGU